AUGCCGCCACCGCCGCCGCCCAUGGAGGUCGUCGCUCCACCUCCACCUCCUCAUCCUAGCAUACCUGGUGGUGGCGCACGGCCUGGGGGGAAUUUGAUGGACUGCCUCACGUUGCCCAGUAGCGGCAGCGUCGGAGGACCGGGGGCCGAGGUGCGGGGGCGGAUGGACCACAGCCACGCGAGCACCGCCCCCGCCGCCGCCGCCAGAGAGGUACUCGCGAAGUUCACUGGAACAUUCAACGAGAGCGGGCGCUAUCUGUGCGAGAAGCUGGCGGAGUCUGCUGGGGCGACGGUGGACGUUUACCCCAUGCUGAUGGAAUGUGCGCUGCGCACCAUGGUGAAGGUCGUCUUUGGUGUCGAGCUGGAUCGUCUGGAGCCAGACCGAAGCAAGCAUUCCCGUAUAGCGGCCAUCAGGAAAAUGUCGGCAAUAAUUGUCCGACCCUGGAAGGCAAUUAAUGGCAUCAUGUGGCUGAGUGCAGAAGGUCGGGCAGUGAAGAGGAAUAUUGCGGAGUUCAGAAGCCUAGUGAAGCGCGGCCUCGCCAUUGCAAGAGAAGACAUGAAGGCUGACGGUUCAACUCCUUUGGUCCACUUUCUUUCGGAGCAGAAGCAAGGGCAGCACUUGACUGAAGAAGAAAUACACAAUGAGAUACGCACCCUCAUUGUGGCCGGCGUGGAGACGACGGCAGCCUCCAUAGGCUUCACACUGGCGCUGCUCGGGCUGCACCCAGAGUGGCAGGACGCGGCGCAGAGGCAGCUGGACGACGUGUUCGGCUCUGGAGGUGACUACCUCAGGCCAGCCACUGCGGCCGAUCUCUCCCGGCUCACGGUCAUAGACGCUAUUGUAAAGGAGUCGCUGCGGUUGUUUCCGACAGCCCCCAACAUUGCGCACCUGGUGACCGAGGACACGCCGCUGUGCGAUGGUCGUUACUUGGCGCCGAGGGGCUGCUGCGUGCUUGUGUCGUUCCUGCUGAUGCACCGCCGACCAGACCUGUUCCCUGAGCCCGACCUGUUCGACCCCGGCCGCUUCCUGCCCGGAGGCAGCGCCACCAGCAGGCAGCCGGGCAGCUACCUGCCGUUUGGCACAGGACCUCGCAAGUGCGUGGGCGCGCGCUUCGCCGACCUGGAGAUGCGGGUUGCGCUGGCUGCAGUGCUGCGCAGGUUCCGCAUCCGACCCGGCUCCACCAGGCAGCAGCUGGAGCAGAUUACUUACUCCAUCACAGCACACCCACUCACCGGCUAUCGUGUUUCUUUUGUUCCACGGGAUAAUGUACCAGUAGCUUCCUAG